UGCUCCAGUUUUUCAGGCAAGUCCAAGAAAGGAGGAGACUUCAGGAUAACUUCCUGCAUAACAAGCCUGAAACCACGGCUAACCGAUACUUUUGUCGGGGUCUUUUUUCAGGGAAAGGCAAAUGGUAAUGAGACAACCAUAACUUGCUCGUUGGGAUUUAAUUUGCAAAAAUAAAGACUGUUGCUUAACAAACAUACACAGCUAGCAUUGAAGCUAACGUAAGCAGCCGGAUAGUGCAUUCCAAACAUCAGAUAGUGAAACGGCUGGGUCCACGGCGAAGGACAUUAUGGAGGUGGUGGUGGUGUACGAGUACGCAGCGCAGCAUGAGGAUGAGCUGACCCUGCGUCUGGGAGAGGUGAUCAGGAGCGUGUGCAGGGUGGAGGAGGACGGCUGGCUGGAGGGAGAGCUGAGCGGCAGGAGAGGACUCUUCCCAGACAACUUUGUAAAGGAGGUGAAGAGGGAGGAGGUGAAGGAGCAGGCUGUGUGCAGGGAGAAGAGUGGAGCAGGGAAUGUGGCCAACCUGGUCCAGAGGAUGAGCACUUAUGGUCUUCCAGCUGGGGCUUUCCAGCCCAGCUCCCAGCCACGCACGCCCCGCAAGAAGCCUAAGCAGCGGCAGUGCAGGGUUCUGUUUGAGUACGUUCCUCAGAACGAAGACGAGCUGGAGCUCAAAGUAGGAGACAUUGUCGAUGUCACAGAGGAGGUGGAGGAGGGUUGGUGGAGUGGCUGUUCGGCUGGAGGGAAGUCUGGACUCUUCCCCUCCAACUUCGUCAAGGAGGUGGAGACGGGCGAGGACGGAGAGAUGAACGACCUGACAGACGAGACGGAAGGAGGUGGGAGGGAGGCUCUGGCCCCCCCCACCCCACCUCCCCCCAGCCCCCCGGAGGGGAGGCCCAGCCCUAAGAAGGUGCGGGGUGUGGGCUUCGGGGACAUCUUCAGAGAAGGAUCCGUCAAGCUGAAGGUCCGACUGCCCAGCGCCGACACAGACGAGAGGAAAGACAAGCCAAUCCCAUCAUUACCAUCCGCUGCAAAGCCCACCCACUCAGCCAGCCAGAGUGAUGGGGACAGCAGAGCUAAAGUGAGAGAGCUCUGCAAGGCCACCUUUGUUGAGGCCACCAAUGACGACGAGCUCACACUGGUGGAGGGAGACAUCAUCCACAUCCUCAGCAAGGUGACGGGGGAGCUAGGCUGGUGGAGAGGAGAAAUCGGGGGGAAGGAGGGUGUGUUCCCCGACAAUUUUGUGGCCUUAUUGUCCGACGCGGAGAAAGAGACUUCAACUCCAAGAGGAUCCGUCAAACUGCCUCCCAAACCUGACUCAGAAGAGAGACCCAAGAAGCCCCCACCGCCAUCUAAGAACACAGCUCUAAAGCCCGAGGUCCCAAGUUCAGACAAGAAACCCUCUCUGCCUCGGCCAGAGGACCGCGGUGACAAGACGGUGCCCGACCCAAAGGCCAAACCCUCCGCCCCCAUGGUGCCCCCUAAAAAGCCCCUGGCCCCCCCGGGCAAGGGCCGGCCAGGCAGCCUGCCCCCCAAGCGCCCCGACAAGCCCCUCGCACCCUCACCUGGGGCCAAACACAAUGGAGAGGUGCCUUCACAGAGACCAAAGUCUGACUUUGAGCCCACGUUACCUAGCAACCCAAACAGCCUGUCUGCAGACUGGGGAGAGAAGGCUUUGGACAUGGACCUGCUAGGGUUUGGGGACCUGUCUCCAGGCUCAGAGAAGCUGUCUCACCCCACGGCCAGCAGACCCAAGAUGCCUGGCAGGAGACUUCCCGCACACUUAGGGGCACACUCACCAAACAAGGAUGUUUCAGCGGAGAAGUCCUUCCUGGUGGAGGAGGAUGACUCUGCCAAGCCCACGCUGCCAGACAGCAGGAAGCCUAUGGUUUCCACGUCCAUGCCUGCUCUCUCCCUGUCCUCCGUCCUGAAGCACAGCCCCUCUAGCACCGGGGCGGUGUUGGAAUCCAAACCCAGUGCACCCUCGGCCCCCGUCACCACACCUGGCCCGGCCCCCGGCCGCAGGGCAGAGCCAGCACCUGGCCCCAGCCCCAGCCCAGGCCCCAGGGCAGAGCCAGCACCUGGCCCCAGGGCAGAGCCAGCGGAGCAGGGGCCCCUGCUGGAGGAUCUGCGGGCUCAGAUCAAGGACCUGCUCCUCUCUGUGGAGCUGCUGAAGACCCAGCAAAUGAGAGAGAUCGCGGAGUUGAGGGGAGAGCUGGAUGAGGAGAAGUUGAAGCGUGUGGCUCUCCAGAUGGAGGUAGAGAAAUUAAAGAGGAUGGUUCAGUCCACGUGAAGACCACCACCUGUGCCCCGGCUAGCAGCCAGGCCCCUGCUUGGAGCAGGAGGAGGAGCAGGGCGAGGAGGAGGACAACUACUCCUCACAGAUCUAUUCCACAUGAGUUAUUACAGAUCUAUUCCACAUUUGUAAAGAUUAUUAUUUGUUGCACAUAUUAAGGUUUUUCUAGCUAUGGAAGAGGGUGGAAUUAGGAUCCAGAUGUAUACUAUUAUGUAUCUUUUUAUUUUUGUUUUGCCAACACAACUGAUCAAGGCCUUAAAUACUACUGUGCUGGUCUGUCAGCCCCCCCUCCUGUCCCUCCCCUGGGGGGGCUGCAGGGGGGGGGGGCUGCAGGGGGGGGGGGGGGGGGGGGGGGGGGGGGCUUGCUAUACUACUGACUCAGUAUAAACAAACAGGAGGAAUCUUUUCUUAUUUUUUAUGACGUGCAGGUAGAAAAAGAAAUCUUGGCCGAAAUCAUGAUUUUCAUGAUGACAAAGAUCCAUAUUAGCCUGUGAGAUGAACUGGUGUGAUGCUGCCCUCUCUGCUGCAGCAGGGAUGUCCUCACAGUCACUGGGGAGAGAUGGUGGUGGGGUUUGUUUUUUAACAUUCCUAUUCAGGGUAACACUAAUGUGCCUGUUCACAAUGACUCAACAGUUAUUGUUGAUUUUGGGAGCUUACAUGUAUUAGAUGCUUUAGAUGGCAGCAUCAUGUAUUUUAUUAAAAGUCUACUGACCUGCCUAGUCACAUAUUAUAGAAAGCCCUGUUUUGGUUACUGAUGCUUGCUGUGUCAGUCGGUUUCCUCUCAGACGGAGCAGGUCAAGUCUCUCUAACGGUGCAUGAUAUAGACUAUAUGUAUACAGCCAGCAAUAGUGAUCUACUUGAAACAAACACAAGUUGUUUGUAAGGAUCUUUCAUCUUCUGGGCGGCUGCAGUUUUUUAAUGCCAAAUGCCCUCAACUGUCUCUUCAUACAGAAUACCGUUCUGUCUGUUUCUACGGCUGAAGGACUGUUAGAGCAGACAGGCAGCUGUCAGAUGUAGACCAGAUGUAGACCAGAUGUAGACCAGGCAGAGCAGGUGAGGUGUGGUCUACAUCCAGUUGUGUUCUGCGUGUCUGUAUGUGCGUGUGUGUAUGUGCGUGUCUGUAUGUGCGUGUGUCUGUAUGUGCGUGCGUGUAAGAGCAUUAAUCACAGAAGCGCUGUCAUGGUUAUGGGUCCGUCCAGACCAGCGGAAGGUUAGGCACUGGAAACCAGGAGGUUAGGGUUCAGGCCUGGACACCAGGAGGGCUGUUGGUGCUGGUAAUGCUGCAUGACAUUGCUCAGACAAAUCAUUACUAACACCUGGAGCUAGGAUCUCAUGGAGGAUACAAGCUGUAUAUUGUUCUUUUUUUUAUUAACUCAGGGUUUACUCCCCUGCAAACAUAAAUUUGUUCCUUGUGGAUUCUGUACCGAAGGCUGAAUAAUGUCUUAUUUUAGUUAAAUAUAUAUACAUAUGCAUAUAUGUAUUAUACAGAUCUCACAAAUGUCUUACCCAGGAAAUUAACUCUGCAUAAGUACUCCAUAGAAGCCCCCUGCAAACAUCGGGGCUCAUCUCUAAGGAGCGAUCCCGUCUCAUCCCUUCACUUGUCUUUGGUUGUGUGUGUGUGUGUGUGAUAGAGGGCUAGUUUGUUUCUUGUGUUUUCUGGGAGGGUGGGUUAUUGUGUUGGCCUUGUAAAGCGCUCUCUGGAUCCGAGACUGCUACCCAACCCUUUCUCUCAUGUUUUAUUUACCUCCUCUUCUUUACUGCAGGGCCGACGAGCCUGUUGGCCAUAAAGCAAUAAGAAUCUUUAGUGUCUUAACUCCUCUCCUACUGGCUGCUUAAUGCUGAGAUCCAGCAAGAAGAUAAUCACUCAAAGAUGAACAGCUAAUCAUGUCCAUAGCCUUUGUUGGGCUAUAUUAUACUGUACAUUCCCAUAUUUUGACAAUAAAAGGAUAAGAUGACGUGCACAUUUAACAUAUUUCUAGGUGAUAUUGUUUACAUGUGCUGUAAAAACAAAAAAACAAAUGCAUGAACAGCGAUUCUUUCCAAAAUGAAUAAAUAUCUUUAUUUACUGUCA